AUGCCUUUUGGUUUAACGAAUGCUCCUGCAGCUUUUCAGAGUUUGAUGAACCACGUUUUCAGGCCUUACCUCCGCUGGGUUAUAUUAGUUUUCUUUGAUGACAUUCUGGUAUUUAGUUCAUCUCCAGAAAGUCAUAAAGAACAUCUUAGGAUCACUCUUGAUAUCCUGAGGACUAAUAAGCUUUUUGCCAAAACAUCCAAAUGUCGGUUUGGCUGCACAGAGGUGGAAUAUUUAGGCUAUAUUAUUUCUGCAAAUGGUGUUUCUACUGAUCCAGGAAAUAUAAAAGCUAUGGGGGAUUGGCCAUUUCCUACCACUAUCAAAGCUUUGAGGGGGGUUUUUGGGCUUGACAGGAUAUUAUCGGAAAAAUGGUUAACUAAGUUGUUGGGAUUUGAUUUUCGGGUGGAGUACAAAAAAGGGGUGGAUAACAAGGUCGUGGAUGCCUUAUCUAGGAGAGAAGGUUGGGAGAAUGAAGCUGCAUUAUCUUCCAUUUCACUUCCAGUUGCUGAUUGGGUGGAGAAUUUAAAAGUUCAAUAUCAUCAUGAUCCAGAUCUUAGGAAAUUGAUUCAACAGUGGAAUUCUAAUAAGCUGGACCAUAAGAAGUAUUCUAUGAGCACCAUUUCAGCUCAGGUUUACACAGACGUCAACUGUAUUAAUACCGCCAGUAAUUAUACUUCUGGCAGUGUCUAUGAGCAAAAUCUUAAUAGUACUCUCACAUCUCUUGUUGCCAAUUCUUCUCUAAGUGGCUUCUAUAACACUAGCGUGGGUGAGAAUCCUGAUGUGGUUUAUGGCCUGAUACAGUGCAUACCCGAGCUCUCUAAGGAGGAUUGUCAAACAUGCGCAAAUGCUGCAGCAACAGAGAUCAGGCGCCGCUGUUUUAACCAGAAGGAAGCUUCCAUAGUUGCUAAUAAUUGCUCGUUACACUACUCAGACUGGCGUUUCUUCUCGACUGUCAGUGGUAAUGUAAGACUUAGUUUUUAUAAUCUGAAAGAUGCAACCGACACGGUUCUUUUCAAUCGUCAGAUGGGAAAAUUGGUGAAAAAUAUCUCAUCUGAGGCUGCAGCCAGUCCUUCGAAAUUUGCUGUUGGGAUCACUAGGUACACAGAUUUUGAGAAUAUAUAUGCUAUGGCUCAGUGCUCCAGGGACUUGGCAGAAAACAGCUGCUUGACUUGCCUGAAAGGGCUUAUCAGUUAUAUUCCUACUUGCUGUGACAAAAAAGUAGGAGGUCGUAUGCUCUCUCUGAGUUGCAGUCUCCGCUAUGAGAUACAUUCAUUCUUUCUCUCACCAUUACCACCUCCUCCACCAGAGGAGUCAUCUUCUCCAUCUCUGCCAUUUCCCCAGCAUGCAACUACAAAUUAUGCAGGAAAGAAGAACUCAGAAAUUGUUGUUUUGGUGGUCAUCCCAGUAGCUAUUUCGUUGGUUGUCAUAACUAUAAUCUGCGGUUUCUUCCUAUGGAGAUGCACCAGAAGUAAAAGAGUUGAGGGUGUUCAUGAAGAUGGAGAUAAGAGCAUGGAAUCGCUUUUGAUGAGUCUAAGUACACUUAGGGAUGCAACAAGAAAUUUCUCUGAUGCAUAUAAACUUGGACAAGGUGGAUUUGGUCCAGUUUACAAGGGUAAAUUCUUUGAUGGACGAGAAAUAGCUGUUAAAAGGCUAUCAAGGAGCUCAGGGCAAGGUUUAGAAGAACUCAAAACGGAAGUAGGUUUGGUUGUAAAAUUGUUGCAUCGGAACUUGAUAAGGCUGUUAGGCUUCUGCUUAGAAGAUGGAGAGAAACUUCUUGUCUAUGAAUACCUACCUAACGGGAGCUUGGACCAAAUUUUGUUUGAUCAGAAUAGACGGUUCAGUUUGGAAUGGAAAAGACGCUACAAUAUAAUUAUUGGAAUUGCUCGAGGACUACUUUACUUGCACGAAGAUUCUCAGUUGACGAUUAUUCAUAGGGAUUUGAAAGCCAGUAAUAUCAUGUUAGAUGAGUACAUGAAUCCAAAAAUUUCUGAUUUUGGUUUGGCUAAACUAUUCUGUGGAUGCCAAACUCAAGGCAAUACAAAUCGAAUUGCCGGUACUCUCGGAUACAUGGCACCUGAGUAUGUAAAGAAUGGGCACUUUUCAGUUAAAUCAGAUGUCUAUAGCUUUGGUGUCUUGGUUUUAGAAAUCAUGGCAGGUCGAAAAAACUCGAGUUUUCGAUACCCAAUGAAUCUACAAAGUUUUGCAUGGCAACACUGGGCCAAUGGAGCAGCUUUGAAGCUGAUGGAUCCAACCUUGGAGGAUCAGUGGCCAACAAAUGAAGUUUUGAAAUGCAUCCACAUUGGGUUACUAUGUGUUCAAGAAUCUGCUGCUGAUAGGCCUACAAUGUCUGAGAUUGUUAUGAUGCUUAGUUGUUAUACUGUAACUUCCCCAGCGCCAUCACCACCAGCAUUUUUUGCCACUAUGGAAAAUCCUGAAUCAGGAUUGAUGACAGAAAAUUUUGGAGCAUCAUCUCAAAAUGCUGAAUCUAAACCAGAUUCAUUACAGCAAUCUCUGAAUUGGGUUACAAUUACUGAUUUAGAUCCUCGCUAG